AUGGCGCCAAUCUCUGUCACCGAACCAUUCAUCCCAGAGGCAUUGGAGCCCAUAGCCAUCGUGGGAAUGGGGUGCCGCUGGCCGGGCGAUUCUGAGUCCCCAUCUGAGCUAUGGGAGUAUCUUCAAGAGAGGAGACACUCAUACACCAAAUUUCCCGAGGAUAGAAUCAACGUUGAUGCAUUCUACCAUCCCGACAUUAACCGACCUGGCUCCUUUAGAACCGAGGGGGGCUGUUUUCUUCGGUCUGACGUACGGCAGUUUGACCCGACCUUUUUCGGCAUCCACCCUAGGGAAGUUCUUACUUUAGAUCCUGCUCAACGAAAGUUUCUAGAAGUCGUCUACGAGACAAUUGAGUCGGCAGGUGUCCCCCUGCAUAAACUGUCCGGUUCCAAGACCGGAACAUUUGUGGGCAACUUCAAUUAUGAUCAUCAACUGAUGCACUAUCGCGACCCUGAGAAUGCAUUGCCGUAUUCCGUGACUGGGAGCGGUAUUACUAUCAUCAGCAACAGGAUCAACUAUGUCUUCAACUUGAAAGGGCCUUCAAUGACCCUUGACACGGCCUGUUCUAGCUCUCUGUAUGCGCUUCAUCUAGCUUGUUCUGCCAUCCAGACUGGAGACUGCGACGCAGCCAUUGUCGGCGGAACCAACUUGAUUCUUACGCCGGAGUGCCAGAUCUUCUCAUCCGUUCUGGGAGCGGUCUCUCCCACGUCUGUCUGUCACACCUUUGACUCACAAGCUGAUGGCUAUGCUCGGGCGGAUGGAAUCGGUGCGCUCUACAUCAAGAGAUUGCAACAAGCAGUCGCUGAUGGAGACCCAAUUCGUGCUGUGAUCCGCGGUACUGCAUUCAACGCCAAUGGCCGGACUGGGGGAAUUACCCACCCCAGCCCCGAAGGGCAAGCAGCUUGCAUAAAACAGGCGUACGAACGAGCCGGGGGGUUAGACAUGUCACUGACAGGCUACUUCGAAUGUCAUGGCACAGGAACUCCCGUUGGUGACCCAAUCGAGGUCGGUGCCAUCGGCCGCCUGUUCACUGACUCCAGGACCAGCGCUAACCCUCUGUUAAUCGGAUCCAUCAAGUCCAACAUGGGUCAUAGCGAGCCCUCCAGCGGUAUGGCUGGUGUCAUGAAGGCCGUUCUGGCAAUAGAGCGAGGUCUCAUACCACCCACGAUCGGGAUCAAGGAACUUAAUCCCAACGUAGAUUUGAAGGAUGGUCGGCUGAAAAUCGUCCAGGAAAGUACUCCGUGGCCGGAUUUACCAGUUCGACGAGCGAGUAUCAACUCUUUUGGUUAUGGGGGGUCAAAUGCGCAUGCCAUCGUCGAGUCCAUUGAGACUCUAUUUCCUGGUUAUCGAUCCCGCCAUCAGGCCAACAAACAAUCCUCCUCCAUGGAGGCAUUCGCAAACCGUAAUGGGAUUAGUCGGCAAUAUUCCGACCCAACCACUCCCUCAUCAAUCAAUGGCUUAGCCAACGGAGAUAUGAGUGGCCAGAAUGGUACCCACAAUGCCAAUGGAGUUGAAAACGGCCAUAUUGGACUACUUACCAACAAGCCUCGAUCGACUAAAUCGAGAACCCAGUUCAUUCUCCCCUUGUCAGCACACGACGGGAGGACGCUACAGGCAAAUUAUGAUGCAUUAGCAGCGCACUACCGCGACUGGAGCCUGUUUGACAUUGCGUACACAUUAAGCGCCAGGCGUAGUCUGCUUCAAAAUCGCUGCUUUGUCAUAGUGAAGGCCGCCGAAGCCGAGAACGGCCUGCCACAAGAGAAAUCGUCCAUAGUGAAGACGGCAGCGGGUGACUCACGUACUCUUGGCUUCGUAUUCACUGGCCAGGGCUCUCAAUGGCCCCGCAUGGGUGCGUCGUUGAUGACCGAGUUCCCCAGCUGUCUGGUGACUGUACGCCGCCUGGACAAGUACCUGGACGACCUCGAUAAAGGACGCGGUCGAGACUGGACCAUUGAGGAAGUCCUUCAACAGGACACUGGGAAUACCCGAGUCCACGAAGCGGAGCUUUCCCAGCCCCUCGUGACUGCUGUGCAGAUCAUGAUUGUCAAUCUCCUCUCCCAGUGGAACGUCAAGCCUCGAGCCGUUAUCGGCCACUCCUCAGGCGAAAUAGCGGCCGGGUAUGCCGCAGGCCUGUUGACCGAGGAAGAAGCUAUGGUUGCAGCAUACCUCCGAGGGAAGGCCAUAAUACAAAAUGCGGCGCCCGGGCUAAUGAUGGCAGUGGGAGGUGCCCUGUCUCAUCUCCAACCACUGGUGGAUCACUAUGACGGUCGCGUCACGAUCGCUUGUCAUAAUUCUCCCGAGAGCUAUACGUUAAGCGGUGAUGCCGACGUCAUGACCGAUCUCAAGGUUGUGUUUGAUGAAAAGAAGAUAUUCUGCCGCGCGCUUCAUACUGGCGGCAACGCUUAUCACUCGGAGCAUAUGAGAACAAUCGGCCAAGGCUACGAGAUGAGUCUGAAUGCAUGCAUGCCCAAGAGAUCAGCCAAGAUGUCAGCUCAGGAAGAUUCGCCAGUCAUAAUCACGCAAGCUGUCUUUUUCUCCUCGGUCUAUGGCCAGGCUGCACCUUGGUCCAUACUCGGACCUAAGUACUGGCGCCAGAAUCUCGAGUCUCCAGUACUCUUCCAUCAAGGUGUAUCGCAAAUGUUGACUCAGGCCACGCCUGAUAUUCUCAUUGAAAUUGGACCCCACAGCGCUCUCCAGGGCCCUCUCCGCCAGCUAGCUAACUCGAUGGACGGUAUCCAGUUCCCAGCCUAUUACGCCGCAAUUACAAGGGGCAGUGACAACGUGAAAGAUAUCCUGACACUGGCAGGCAAUCUCUACAGCAGCGGUUACGACAUCGAUCUGGCUCGUGUGAACGCCAUAGAGAGCCGUGGCGGGAACGGCUAUCAGACUGGGCGGGUCAUAUCCGACCUCCCCCGGUACCAAUGGCAGUAUCCAUGCGAUAUUCUGCUCUAUGAGAAUCGCUGGACGCGUGAAUGGCGCCUACGCAAGCAUCCACGACAUGACAUCCUAGGAAGUAGGAUACCGGGCACAAACCAGGCCGAGCCACUGUGGCGAAACAAGCUGUCCGUCAAGGAUGUGCCUUGGCUGGCAGAUCAUCGUCUCGGCAAAGAAAUGGUUUUCCCAUCUACCGGCUACCUGAGCAUGGCUUUAGAGGCAGCUACCCAGAUUGCAGAGCUGGGGGGAUUGAAAGUCUCAGAUGUUGAAUACUAUGACAUUCAGAACGUCAGUCUCUCCAAAGCCCUCAUAGUACCCGAGGACGAUUUAGGUAUUGAGACCCUAUUCACUCUACGACCGACCCCGCUCAAUAAAACCACUCGCCACGUGUGGCUUUUCGACUUCGUUCUUACCUCAGUCUCGAAUGAAUUUGGGGUUGACAAUUUUGUGGAACAUUGCCGGGGACAGGUCGAAGUUGGUCUAGAGAAAUACAGUUUCCCAGAGUACCCCUUUGUAGGAGACAUCCAGGCCUCGAAGGUGAAGAAGGCUAUCAAUGCUGCGCAGUGGUACGAGAGUUUCGUAGGUGCAGGCUUGUGCUAUGGCCCUACGUUCCAGGGCCUUUCCGAUAUCUCUGCCAUAGGGCAGUCGAACAUGAGUCGAGCUCGAGUUGGCAUAGAUCCUACUGCAAAGAUGAUGAUAGGAGAGUCGCGCUAUAUCCUCCACCCAGCCACUCUGGACGCUAGUCUUCAACUCUCUAUUCUGGCAGGCCACAAGAACACAGCUACCAAGUUCAAACGCGCAUUCAUGCCGACCGGGAUCGAUAGUGUCAAAGUGUGGCCCAAGGUUGCAGCGGAGACUCGUGGAUUUGCCGAUUCGUACUCGAAAGCCACGCUGAAGGGCGUCCGGGGCCUCGCUGCAGACGUGGUGCUGCUCGGAACGAACAGCCAACGAAUGCUACAAGCGAGCAACAUAUUCUUGACGGCAUCGGAUCAGUCCGCCCCCAAGCUCAUCGAAGAGUCAAAGCCGUACACACGCAUCAUUUGGAAGCCAAGCUUCGACCAUCUGACCACGGAUACUCUGUCUCAGAUGUUCCCACCUCUGAUGCUGAGUGACGAUGCUGUGAUUCCUUCAUUGAAUCACUUGGCACUGCACCAGUUGAUUCACUUCAAAGCGACCCAUCCCGAAAUCUUCAAGCAGAGCUCGGAACAGCCGCAUCUUCAAAGGCUGCUUGACUGGACAACGGAAAAGCUUAACGCUGCCGCGGCUGAUCACACUUCGACUGCCUCCAAGAUCAUCAACUACAGCCAUGCACAUCGAGCCCAAGAGAUUGAACGGUUAUCCGAGCUGUUAAAGCCACGAUCCUCCGAGGCUCGACUCAUGUGUCACCUCUACAAUAAUCUCCCUUCUAUCUACAGGGGUGAGAAGACUGGAAUUCAAGUUGCGUUGCAAGACAAUCUGCUGCUUGACAACUAUGAGACGGGGCAAGUUUAUCGAGAGGGAAAUCGCCGUCUGGGAGGGGCAUUGGCCCUCUAUGCCCACCAGAACCCGAAGGUCAGGAUCUUGGAGGUUGGAGCCGGAACUGGAAGCGCAACGAAUGAAAUCCUAUCAGCUUUAAAGGGAGAUACCGCAUGGAGGCAGUAUUCAGAGUACCGCUUUACGGAUACUACGCCAUCUUUCCUGGCAAGUGGGGAGGAGAGAUUCUCCAAUUAUGGCGGUAUGACAUUUGGCACCUUUGAUAUGGAGCAGAGCGGCGAAUCCCAAGGAUACCAACAGGACUGGGACAUCGUCGUGGCAUCCAACGUCAUUCACGCCACCUCGGAUAUCCGAGGCACACUCGUUAACAUUCGAAACGUACUCAAGCCUGGUGGCAGGAUGUUGCUAUUGGAGUUAACCCAAUCCCAGCUUAGUGCGGGCCUGGUCCUUGGUACCUUCAGUGACUUCUGGAAGGCGGAUAACGAUCCCAGCUACCCUCGAUACGACGGUCCGUUUUUGAGCAAGUCGCUUUGGCAGCAAGUCCUCCCUGCUGCUGGAUUUUCUGGGCUCGAUUUCUACCUUGAUGACUACGCCGGUGACAAUGUCUCCGCAACUGUCAUAUGUGCCACCGCUGCGGAUCCUCUGCUCAGCAUUCCGCCGACAAUCCAGGGUCCGGAUCGCCAAGGCAUCACGUUGGUUUAUCGCAACGCGACGGCGCCAUAUAUGAGACGGAUGAUGGACAAUCUUUCCAAUACUGGCACUAUACCCAUCUCCCUCAUGCCACUUUCCGAUAUAAAGAUUGCUCGUCAUUACAGGCUUAUAUUCCUCCUUGAGGCAGAGAAACCAUUCUUCCUUGAUGCAACCCCUCAAGAGUGGGCCAACCUCCAGUAUGCAAUCAGCCGCUCAGUGUCGUCGUUGUGGCUGACGCGUGGUGAUCUCAUGGUGGGCAAAGAGCCCCUAUGUGGGAUGAUCUCCGGUCUUGCCAAAGGAAUGAAGAUCGAGAACAACUCCUUGCGCUUCAGCAUCCUAGAUACUGACCAAAUCCCUGACGGGCCCGACAAUGCUUACUUCAAACUGGUCAAGGCCCUUGAAGCCAGAGUGGCAGAUGCCUCGAAGUUCAACGACGAUUCAGAGUUCAGAUACAAAAACGGUAUCCUCUACAUCAGUCGCCUCGCGUUGGAUAACGGCCUCUGUGCAGAGGUCACAGUUGCGAACUCCCAGGAUAGGGUGUUGAAGGAGCUUCCUCUUAAGGCCCUCAAGUCGACCAAACUUCAACUGGCGAUCGACAAACCAGGCGUUUUGAGUACCGUGUACUUCAAGGAGGACCCAACGUUCCUCACGCCACUAGCCGCGGAUGAGGUUGAGAUCGAGGUCAAAUACGCCGGUAUCAACAAUAAGGAUAUCGCCGUGUUGACUGGCCGGCACCAUUCCGAUUCCUUCAGCGACGAGUGCUCCGGUGUGAUCACUCAGAUUGGGAGUGAAGUGAAACAGUUCAAGAUCGGGGAUCUGGUUUACUGCCAGUCAUUCUCCAAGUUCGGGAACUUUGUCCGCGACAAGGCCGUAUUCUGCCAGAAACUCGUCGCCGGCGACACAUUGGAUGGUGUGGCUACACUGCCGAUUGCAUUUGGCACAGCCAUUUACGGCUUGAUGGAUUUGGGCCAGCUGACCAAGGGUGACAGCGUGCUCAUCCAAUCUGCAACCGGAGCUGUUGGUUUGGCAGCGUGCCAGCUCGCCCACAUGGUUGGGGCUGAGAUCUUCGCCACGGUGGGCACAGAAGCCAAGAAGAUAGAGUUGCUGGGGAUGGGCUACGGGAUUCAAGCCGACCACGUCUUCCCAUCCCGCGACAGGUUCACUGCCGCGAAGCUGCUGGAGCAAACUAAUGGCAACGGCAUCGACGUGAUUCUCUGUAGCGCUCGGGGAGAGCUCAUGCACGAGUAUUGGAAAUGCAUUGCUACCUGCGGAAGAUUCGUCGAGAUUGGCCGCACCGAGGUCCUCGACAGCGGCAAGCUGAGCCUUGAUGUCUUUGGGCGUAAUGCCACAUUUGCCUCGUUCGACUUGGAGGUUAUGAGUAAGAACAGACCACAAGUAACCGCUAGUCUAAUGAGAAGGAUUCAUGAACUCAAGUCUGAGGGUCGUAUCAAACCCUUGCCCCUGGCCAAGUUCGGCGUCGCUGAGAUCGAGAGGGCUUUCGCGACAUUCGUCAAGGGCACCCAUAUCGGCAAGCUGCUCGUCGAAUAUGACGACCAGUCGGAAGAUAGCCUUCCAUUGGAAAGAGACGCUUUCUCCGCCAAAUUUGAUCCAAAUGCGUCGUACCUCCUAGUCGGUUGCUUGGGUGGUCUCGGGCGGAGCUUCAGUACCUGGGCGGUAUCACGCGGAGCCCGGAAUUUGAUCUACCUGUCUCGCAGCGGAGCUUCGAACGAGGAAGCAAGAGCUUUUCUCGAAACGCUGAGACAGCAGGGAGUUGAUGCAUAUGUCGUAAAGGGCGAUGUGACCUCGAUGGCUGACGUGCGAGCCGCCGUGGACUCGGCGAAGUUCCCACUGAAAGGCAUCGUGCAGGGCGCUCUCACGCUGCACGACGGUCUGUUCGAAUCCAUGUCCCUCAACCGGUUUAACGCAACUGUACACCCGCGCGUCAUUGGCACGUUGAAUCUCCAUAACGCAACAAAACAUUUACCACUUGACUUUUUCGAGCUCUGGUCCUCCUGGACUGUUGUUUUUGGUACUGCAACCCAGAGCAAUUACUUAGCGUCAAAUGCGUUCAUGGACAAUUUUGCAAGGUAUCGUCGCGCCCAGGGUCUCCCGUGCACGAGUGUUGCUCUCAGCCAGGUUCUCGGCAUCGGCAUUGUUUCCUACAUCCCAGAGUACCAGCAGGCCAUGAUCAGGAACGGCUUUUACGGUAAUGAUGAAGACGAGUUCCUGCACUACUGUGAGAAGGGUAUCUUGCCAGCACCAAUGGACACUACCCAGGACGCCACUUUCCGAUACGACCCACUGGCAGCCGGUCAUCUGCUUGUUGGUAUCGAGCCCGCGGGUCUGAGGAUCGUCGACCAGAAGUAUCCAUUAUCUGAUAUGAUGUGGUAUCACGACCCACGAUUCCAGAAUCUCAUCCAGGCGACGUCUGUUCUUUCACACGGGUCCCAAAACAAACGAGAGGCCGCCGGGGAGGAAGGUACGGCACUGGAACGCAUCAUUGCCAAGAUCUCUCGUCUUCUGUACAUCCCCGCCGACGAGAUAGAUGCGAGUAAGGCAAUAAGCAACUAUGGAAUAGACAGCAUGGUUGCGGCAGAGCUCCGAAACUGGUUCCAAAGCGCGUUUGGAAAGGAUGUAAGCACCUUGAAGAUGUUAAGCGCCACUAUGACAGCACAAAAGCUUUCAGAAGAAGCAGAGGCGAGUAAUUCAUAG